UUGUCCUCUAAAAGCUCGAGGUGGGAGGGAGCAAGGACUGAGAGCAGGCAGGCGGCAAGAGCUGGAGGACGCCAGGAUCUGGCUUUUGUUAUUGGUUGGCUGCGGCCUGAUGGAUGAAGGGCGGAGUGAGCUCUUCUCAGUGUGUUCUGCUGGAGCCCAAGUACAGAGACCAUAUUUACAGGUCCAUGUGACAGCUAUGAGUGGAAUUUUAAAGGGGACGUUGGAAGAAGCUGGCAGCGCUUCACCCUGCUCUUCUGUGCAGGAAUCAGAUGAUGACGUUUUUAGCUGUCACAGUGCUGAGAGUCUUGAUAGUGUCAGUGUGUCCACACCUGAUCCUUUACCCGAAAAAAUAAGAGGAUAUCAAGAGGCUGAAAGAAUAUUUUCAGAAGCAUAGACUCUUCGGAGGAUACUGCAGUUCAUGAGAUCUCAAGAGUCAGCUGAUAAAAAUAUCCAUAGACACAGUGAAGUCAGAAGCAAGGCUGGCUUGCUCAGACAGAGCUCCAUGUGAUCACAUAUAGGCAGCCUGGCUGAGGCUGAUGCCGUGCAGCAAGCAGUAGGUAAUGAGUCUUUGUGCGAGGGAAGCUCUUGUCUCGGAACAAUAAAGCAUAUGGUACCAGCAAUAAAACACGGGGCCGGGAAAUGUAAGAAGAUUCCACUGAACCAGGAAGAACGAUGCCUUCCGUGAUGCUGACACAUACUGUAAAAUGAUAAUCAAUUUAUUUUGGAUUCUAAUGAAUAAAGACUGCCAGGACUCGACUACAGCUGUUUGAACAGGUACAUGUGACAACGCCGCAGCUAUGAGUGGAAUUUUAAAGAGGAAGUUCGAAGAUGUGGACGCCUCCUCACCAUGCUCCUCUGCUCGGGAAUCGGAUGAUGAAGUCUCCAGCAGCGAAAGUGCUGACAGCGGGGAUAGCGUCAAUCCAUCCACCUCAAAUCACUUCACCCCUUCCUCCAUCCUGAAAAGGGAGAAACGGCUGAGGACGAAGAAUGUACACUUCAGCUGUGUCACCGUGUACUACUUCACCAGGAGGCAGGGCUUCACUAGUGUGCCCAGCCAGGGUGGCAGCACUCUGGGGAUGUCCAGUCGUCACAACAGCGUGCGCCAGUACACCCUGGGCGAGUUUGCGCGAGAGCAGGAGCGCCUGCACCGGGAGAUGCUGAGAGAACACCUCCGGGAGGAGAAACUCAACUCUCUCAAACUAAAGAUGACUAAGAAUGGCACUGUAGAGUCUGAGGAAGCUAGCACCCUGACCGUGGAUGACAUUUCCGAUGACGAUAUUGAUCUGGACAACACCGAAGUGGACGAAUACUUCUUCCUACAACCCCUGCCCACAAAAAAGCGGAGAGCUCUGCUGCGCGCCUCGGGGGUGAAGAAGAUCGACGUUGACGAGAAGCACGAACUGCGGGCCAUCCGCCUUUCUCGGGAGGACUGUGGCUGUGACUGCAGAGUGUUCUGUGAUCCAGAAACCUGUACCUGCAGCCUGGCAGGCAUUAAGUGUCAGGUGGAUCGUAUGUCUUUCCCAUGUGGCUGCACUAAAGAAGGCUGUAGUAACACAGCAGGUAGAAUUGAAUUCAAUCCUAUCCGUGUCCGGACUCAUUUUUUGCACACAAUAAUGAAACUUGAACUGGAGAAGAACCGAGAGCAACAAACCCCCACGCUGAAUGGCUGCCACGGGGAGAUAAGCGCCCAUGGUCCUUCCAUGGGCCCUGUCGCUCACUCUGUAGAAUAUUCCAUCGCAGACAAUUUCGAGAUUGAAACCGAACCCCAGGCUGCUGUGCUGCACCUACAGGAGGAACUGGACUGCCAAGGAGAUGAGGAGGAAGAGGAGGAGGACGGAAGCAGUUUCUGCAGUGGAGCCACUGAUUCUAGCACCCAAAGCCUGGCUCCCAGUGAAUCGGAUGAGGAAGAGGAGGAGGAGGAAGAAGAAGAGGAAGAGGAGGAGGAAGAUGACGACGACGACAAGGGAGAUGGCUUUGUAGAAGGGCUCGGAGCCCAUACGGAGGUCGUCCCCCUUCCGUCUGUCCUUUGUUACUCUGAUGGCACCGCAGUUCAUGAAAGCCACACAAAAAAUGCUUCAUUUUACGCUAGCUCUUCAACUCUCUACUACCAAAUAGAUAGUCACAUCCCAGGAACUCCUAGCCAGCUCUCUGACAACUAUUCUGAAAGAGAUACUGUCAAAAACGGUGCCCUUUCGCUGGUGCCUUACGCCAUGACCCCAGAGAGGUUUGUUGACUACGCCAGGCAAGCAGAAGAGGCCUAUGGAGCCUCCCACUACCCAGCUGCCAAUCCGUCUGUCAUCGUUUGCUGCCCCACCUCUGAAAACGAUAGUGGGGUGCCCUGUAACCCCUUGUAUCCUGAACACAGGUCCAAUCUUCCCCAAGUGGAGUUUCACUCAUACUUGAAAGGCCCUGCCCAGGAAGGGUUUGUUUCCACAUUGAAUGGCGACAGCCACAUUUCAGAGCAUCCUGCAGAAAAUCCUUUGAGCCUUGCAGAAAAGAGCAGAUUGCAUGAAGAGUGCAUUCAGUCCCCCGUGGUGGAAACGGUCCCCGUUUAGUUGCUUAAAUUAUUCUAUUACAGGACCAAGUCUUCUAUUUAAGGCACUGUAUUGCCUUUGCUGGGCUCAUCGUUGUUUAAACCUGAAGGCCAAGAGUUAUGUGGACUGUGAUUAAUCUUCCAGACAGUAUUUCCUUCCUUCCUUUCUAGCUUCCCAACUGUGGCGUGGCACAAAUACAGUCGCUAUGGGGAUUUUAAACGAUUUUGAACUGUUUUGAUAGAAAAAUGCUAAAUUUAAAAAAAAUGCAUAUCUUACAGUUGCCUACCUGUCAAACUGUGUGAAACCUGCCAAGCUAUGCAGAUCAUAGCUCCAAGUUUUAGAUUAUCGGGCCUGUGCAAGAUUGUUAACUAAGACUAGAAAACAAGCAGAUUUAGAGUCCUAAUUUUUCGAUAUAUCUGAAGAUGAUGGUGACUUUUUAAUGUAAAAGUAAUUAUUGUAAGAAAAAAAAAGAUUGAAUCGUUUCUUGUGUAUUUUAUUUAUGGUAGUUUAGAAGUCAUGCUUUGAAGAAAAUGAACAGCAUGUUCAUUGAAGCUGAAGACGUGUUAGCUAGCACCACAGAGCAUGCCCAGACGAUUGCAUCUGGAAUCCACCCACAUUUUUACGAUCAUGACUCAGCAGAUUUGCAAAUACUUUCUUAAGGAUGAAAUAGGCCUAUUUUUGCUAUUUGGGACAAAUGAGUCUAUACGUGCAGGUCCUUAUGCAGUUUUCUCUCACGUUAAGAGUUAGGACAAUCCUCUGGCGAGGGUCUAGUCCUCCGCUCUCCCUCAGCUGAGAUAGACGGAAUUGCCUUUCCUUUGUUAAACAGUGUCAUCUUGUUUCUUAGCUUGGACAGCACCUUUAAACUCAACUCCCUCCUUCAGAAUGCACUUUAGUGCCCCUUCACGGUACCUCGUGUGGGAUGGGGUCUCAGAAGGCUUUGAAAUAUUUUUUUUUUAAUUAUUAAAAAAAAGUAACUAAGGUUCAUACAAUAGAGAGAGAGGAUUCUUCCAAUGACAUGAAGGAAAAUGACUUGUUUCUUGUUUUCCUUCACCGCUCUAGGACCUAACUCAAUCCUUACAGCGAGAAGGCUGGGGGUGGGGGCAGAGCCUCAGCACCCCAUCACCCUCUACAAAUGCAAAAAUGUGUAAUGCCACUUAAUGGCUAGCUGAUUCAAGGCAGGCCUGGGCUCACUGACUCAUUAGGCUUCGUUUUCUGGAGCUUUUUUUAAAAAAAAAGUCUGUCUUGCCUGGGGUAGUCAGCAGCACAUCCCAGAAUGCAUUGCGAAGGCAGCCACCUCACCUUCUCUUCCUUAGUAAAGAGAACGAAUAGAAAGGAGACACUCCCCGCCCGCCUGCUUCGAGCCUCACCUCAGAGGACUUGGAGCAACUUCUUUCCCAUCAGCUUAAGCAGCUAUAGAACGAGUGUUACGGUUUCCCCCAUGCAGUUAUUCUGCUGAAUCUGUUUUCCAGUUUUGACAUUGUAUUGUGGCAUCAUUUCUCAUACUUUAUGGCUAUUUAAAAACGCAGACACACCCCUACUUCGUAGUAACGGCGUCUUCUAAGUUUUUUAUGCCUCCUUGAUGUGGGCAUUUGAAUAACUUUCGGAUUUCAGUUCCUUACAGAAUACUAUUUGAUCUGACGAGGCUUGAAUGUGCUUCAGAGUCCUCUGGUGGGAAGCCGCUACUUAAACUCCAUGUGGGGAAAGUACGUUCGCUUGUGGAGUUGUUUCUUCUCUAAACCACCUCAAGACUAAAUAAAUCAACGCUAAUUUUUACUACCAUUAAAAGGACUUUGGGUUUGUCAUGCUAUUGAAAGCAGUAAUGGGGGCUGACUACUCCUUUUGGUUGACCGGUGGGGCUAAUCUGGUGGGAAUUCUGUGGUAAUAUGUCCAGAGUUCUCUGCAGCGUUGCCAUCAGUAGCAUUUGGUUUCCAGUUAGGCUGCCUCCUGCCCACACAAUCUAAAGGGCAGGGGCUCAGAGAAGAAAUGACAAAAAGCUAUUGUUCCUUCGUUCAAGCUAAUGAAAGAAUUCUGUGUUCCAUAUUUGCUGGGCCAUUCCAACCUCUGGAAGUAUCUCCUGGUGAGACACUCGCAGGCUAUUCUUGGAACAGAGUGUGGGGCGGCCCCGGGUAAUCCUGACUAAGGUAGAGUUGAUUUGGUGAAUGACAGUCCACUUCCUGGAUCCUCAGAGAUGUUUCUUUCAGUCCAGCUUUAUUUUCACAAAGUUUGGAGCAUUUUUGUAUCUCAUUUGGUUUUUCUUUUGUAGUCCUUGCUUUUCAGAAACAGAGCUUUCUUCCUUUCUCUAUUCAAGUGAGAUAAAAAGUUUCACUCUGCUAAGGAUAAUUACCUUUCUAAGCAUGAAAACAGACAUGCUAAGUUUUCACAUCCCUAAGUAGACAUCCCUCAUGAAUCAGAAUCGUUACAGGCCAUCUAUUUUAGCAACAAUAGCAAAUCAAACCCUACUUGCCUUAUCUUUAUUAGACACACACAAACACAGAAUACACAUACAACAUCCUCUAGAGAGGGGCAGAUUGUGGGCAGUAGGUAGUAAUGAAUACUGGAUAGUUAGUUCCUCAAGUACAAUCAGGCUCUGCUUUACCUAAAACCAUAAAGAGAAGAGAAUUUUGAGAGCGAUUGGUUGAAAGCAUUCAGUUAAAGUCACAAAUAAUAUUAAUGAGGAAUUAUUUCAUUGUGACUUCCUUUCCCAGAAGGAACAGAACAGAGAACACAAUGGUUGUUCUGGCUUGUUCUUCCUGCUAAUAGACCUACUCAAUAGAGCAACCCAAGUGCCAGGCAGGUUCCAGGCAAGUGCCUCAGUCAUGACUGCUUUUCAAGGGGAGAGGGGCACUUAGCUGCUACCAGGUUGAGACACUUUACAUCUUUGUACCAAGGGACAAUGAUUUGACCUGCAGCUAUUGUGUUACUUCCGUUAGUAUAUCUAACCAAAUUAGAGUCUCUCUUUGCACACAGUUCCCAAGUCAAGCACUAUCAACUGCAAAGCCCAGUGUUCCAGACCCAAUCUAAAUAGUUUAAAGAUUUGAUUCCCAGCUAUACUAGCCAAGUAUAGCUGGCCAGUCAUGUAGCCUGAGCAGCCUCACUGCCCUUUAAUUUUUUUUUUAAAUUUUUUAUUGGUAGAAAGAAAUAAAGAAUAUUUUAAGUCCCUCCCCCGGUCUAUUGAUCAUCCAAUAUUGAAAUGUGUGUAAAAUCCAAUUGUCUCUUUUCUUUUGGUAGAUUGAAUAAUGGACUAUUUGAAAGCCAGUCUUGUGUUAGAAUUAUGUUUUUCUGCCCAUGUCAUGCCAACUACAUGUAAAAUAUCUAACAUUUGCUCGAGGGAGAAAAUCCUGAUAAUCACAUGGCCCAGCAGGACCACCUUCUUCUGCUCACUCCUACAAAACAGUGCCAGUUAUAGCAACUUGCCACAAUUCUCAAGGAUGCUGAGCUUAUAUCCAUUAUAUUCUAAGCAAAGUUAUGACUUAGAUUUUAUUAAACAAGAUUACCAUGAUUUAUUUUUGUAAUAGAUACCUCACUUUUUUUUUUAUUGCUGCCUUGUACAAGUUCUUAACGACUUGGCAUUGAUCAUCAGAAUGUGUUAGAUAUGCACUUUUUCUUUUAACCAAUAUUUAUUGAAUACCACCUAUGUUAUAACAGCUGACCUGGUAGCAAAAAGAGCAGGGGACUCCCGUAUUUGUAAGGGUGGGGGACAAGGAAUGGUGACAUGAGAUGAUACUGGAAUCCUCCAUGUCCUGUUGGAAGCACUGUCACCCACCCAUUCUUCUUAUUCUCUACAACCUGCAUCUAAAUGGUGCUGAUUUCCCUAAAUUGAUUGAACUUAUUACAUCCCCCUGAAGCUUAGGAAAUACGUUUGGAUUCAGGGAAAAGAUGUUCAGAAAAUUGUUUAUUGGAUGCAGCACCAUCUAGGAAAAUGUCGAAUGUAUGCCAGUAAAACUUCCACCAGUUUUGGGAGGAGAGUUAAUUAAUUCAGAACCCAAAGAAGUUCGGAAGCAGAGAGGGACAUGACCCUCUUACUCAUUUUAUAAAACAGCUAUUAUGAUGGCAAAACCCUGCACAAAGGCGCUGACUGAAAGAAGACAGAAAAUGAGGGAGGUUAUUGGUGACCCCUUCCUUUAGCUGUAGUUACAAUCCAGUGACAGUUUACAGUCAUUAUAGCUGACAUAUGAAAUGCCAAGUGUAAAUGGAAAGCACCUUUAUGCUUGCAAGGUCAAAAGGACUAUAAUUUGAAAUUGUAACUAUUGUAUUGUUACCAUGACCGACACCUGAAGUGCAAGUCUUGUGUACGUUUACUUCCAAUACGAAAUGGAAGUUUCUUAUUACAUCAUUUUCCAAGAAUUACAAGCGUGUGGCAGAGUCAUUUAGAUGUUACAGCUUUGCGCCCACAGUUCUGCUCAUCAGAUAUUUUCUGUAGCAUGGCUGUGUGUUACUAAACAGCACAGCAUCUUCCUCUUUCAUUGCUCGUCAGAAACGAAAACCUAGAAGCUGAGUACUGCCUGGGUUUUCUCUAGUGGUCAGUAGUAGCGUUAGUCUUAACUGUAUGCUGUCUUGCCUGCCUUGGUAUUUCCAUUCUGAGCGCUAAAUCAGAAGAAGGGGAGUUGGGAGAGGAGGAACAAACUUCAGAGCCUAAACCAUAUACCUUUUCAGUUCAUUGACUGUGGGUAGAUUUUUUUUUAAUGACCUUAAUAGAGAAGCUGGAACGUCAGUACAUGCAGAUAGUUCUUAUGUAUGGGAAAAGAAAUCACUCCAAAGAUUUAUGACCUGUGGGUUACUGUUUUCUUUUCUUGCAAUUAGCUUUUCACUAGACAGGACCACUGCUUUGUAUCUGACCCUUCAUGCUUGCUUACAUUUCAAGAAAAGACAUUUCUAUUGUUAUUUGAUUUCAUCUUUCACAAAAGCAACCAACCUUAUAAAGAGGGAUGAUCGAUGUUGUUCUAGACAGCAUUUGUCCAAGGCAGCUUUGCUGUGAUUCCUCCAUCUAUCUCAUUAGCAUACUGGUAGUAAAGUCAGUUCAAAUUAUAAACUUCGCCACAUGUGCAAGGCCAUCUAAGCAUCUUUAAGGAUAAUGUAUAUUGAUUAGAAAGGACUAUAAGGUGAGAAAUGGAAUAGAAAUCAGCCUUGCUUUUGUCAAAACUGAUUUACAUGGCUUUCCUGAUUUUUAGUUGUAACUUUAAAAUAUGUCCAUAGUUAAAUGUCUUCUUUCUUCUUUUUAACUCUUUUCCAAUAUUUUUUAUCUGGCUUAGAAUAAACCUAAAAGUUAUUUAUUGAGUACUUGGAAGAAAACUCAACUUUAGGAAGUCUCUUUACAAUGUAUCUAGAAAAUUCUAUCCGGACUAUGACUGCUCACUCUCCUGUCAUGUGCCCUGGGGUAGAUUGUUAUUUCUGUGUCAUAGAAAUAUCAAAAGGCAAUUUGUAGCACAUUUUAUCCAACAUUGCUUUGCCCUCUCUUCCUGUUGGUCAUCAAUCUUUCUCUCUUUUCUUAAAAAUGCCAUCCAUAUUAAAAACUAAUUUGAAGAACUGUGUGAAUUAUAGACGUUUAUUUAGUUAUGAAGAAAACGAAGUGCUCAGUUUUAAAUCUAAAUUCCCCUAAAGAGGGAAAAAAAUAGCUAAAGUUAGGGAAUAAAUUGUUACCCAUUUAAAAAUUAAGUAUUUAUACUUGAAGGGUAUAAUGUUACCUAAAUGAUAUCUGGACUUGAUAGACUUUUAAAUUUUAAUAGCUACAAAUGUCAUUUUUAAAUUAUAACUAAUCACAGUCCACUGCCAGGCUAUGCCAUGUCCAACAGGUAACUUGGAACAGCUUAAUCUCCUUAAAGCUAUUCACAGAGACCAACCAAGCAUGAAUAAUGGAAGGCUUGAGAUUUCUCUGUAUUCUUCAGAUUGUAUAGGCCCGAGCCUAAGAGAAAUCUCCAGAGGUCACACGGCUCGUUCAUCUACCUCUGGGGAGGACUGUCAGUCAGGCAUAUCCAACAACACAGAUACCCAUUUAUUCUCGACCCCUCUAGGGAAGAUGGUUUCCUUGGCAACAGAAUCCAGCUCUUUCAGGUUUUCUCACAAUAAGAACAUAUCUUGGCCAGUGUUUGUGGAAGAGGCACCUGGCAACAGUCGUGGUGAUUUGGGCAAUUGUGCUGGAAGACUGUAGAGGUUGGGUACCCCUUCAGUUGCUGAUUACUACAUAAGGCAAUUCUCUAAAUGUCUUAAGAAAGCAAAUCUGAAAGGAGAAUGUAGGUACUCGGAUACUUUGUAAUGUAACCUGCUUUGGGAAAAUAAAGGCACUAGGCAGUUUUUAUUCAUCUAUAUUUAUCUUUUUAAGAUUACUGUCAUGUUAGGGGAGUGAUUAUUUUAUAUCCCAGACACCAAUGUCAGGACUAGAGUCAAGUGACUUGACUUUUUUUUCCUCGAGACAGGGUUUCUCUGUGUAGCCCUGGCUGUCCUGGAACUCACUUUGUAGACCAGGCUGGCCUCGAACUCAGAAACCCUUCAAUUCUCUGAGAAGUUACAAUUUCAAAACGAAAAGGCCAUUUUUUUCUAUGUGCUUGCUUGUGAACAAGUACCUCCUUGGUAACCUCCUUUUAGUGUAAGUAACAAAUGAGAAUCUAGACUUCUCCUCCUGGAAAUGUGAUUGAAGAAUCUAAUAUGGAGUAAAAUGACUCCAAAGAAUCACUCAGCCACCAUUUGGUCCUAGCCUGUGUAUGAGUAAAGAAUAGCUGCUUACAUCCUCAGAGAUCAGUGAGUCUUUUUGUUUUAGGUGAUUUACAAUUUGUCAUCUUGACAAGGCCUGAAAACUAAAGGAAUUCUAGAAAGGGGUGGUGUUUGUUUUCCUUUUUUUUCCCUCUUUUCCCUUGGUGAAAUCACUUGACCCCGAUACUCCCUGCAAGCUUUCAGAGCAUUUUCUGUUUGCUGCAACUCUGACACAGCGAGAACAGGAGCUAAGGACCACCCUGGGAGUCAGCAUUUCCUCUCUCCUUGGCUCUUGCCCAAUCUCACUAAUGGCUGCUUCUCCCCACCUGGGUGCUUGAGUGACAUGACAGCCACAUGAACGUACUUUGUCCUCAUGAGUAACACUACAUGGAAGUGACCCAGUGACACUUUCAGUUAAAAAAGAAAAAGAAAAGAAAAGAAAAGAAAACGUUUCUCUAGAAUGCUAAUGUAAUGAAUGGUGAAUCAAAUUUGGCUUAUGUUUGAAUUGACUCUAGGCACCUCAACAGAAAGAAGUCUGAGGCAUAGUUUGUGAAACAUGUUUCCAAUGUGUUUGAUGAUGUAUAAUAAAUGCUAGACAAUACAGUGCAGAAAUAGUGAAAGAAGACCCCGAACCUGUAGAUUACAACUCAGUUCCUAAGAACUCAGCCUUUGUUGCGUCUUCGUAAUAUUCCUCUGCCUUCUCCUUAGUUUAUUGCAUUUUGGUGUAAUCACCCCUUAAGAUAGAGCUAUGAAUACAAUAUGUACUGGUUCUUGCCUCUUCAUGCAGAAAAGGCAUUUUGUUCUUUCCGUGUGUUUCCCUCAGUGUCUGUCACAGGGUAUAUAAAUUUGAUAGGGAAGGCCAUUUGGCAUUGGUCAAGAAAACACUUUUCACAUUUCAAUUCCAUACAUUCCGUUGGUUGCAUAGGUAAACGUCACCCUUUGCAGUGUCUUCGUCUCACAGUCUUAGACAUCGACCGCGUCUCCACCUGCAAGCUGCCAUAGGAACUUGGUACGUUUGGAAACCCUUGUAAGAUGCAGUGAGCUGGUAGAUCAUGUGACCCCGAGGACUCAUUCGUCCUUCUCUGUGGAAGCACUCAUGCAUUAGGAAUGCUCCCUUAAACAGGGGGAGUCUUCUGAGGGUAAUUGUUUUAGGUGUUUGCAUUUUGGCCUGUUGGAAGCUGGCGGGGGGUGGGAAUUGCAUCACCAAAAACUCAGAAAAGCCACAGUAUGGUAAAGUACACUUUGACAUUGAUUGAUUUGUAUCUUUCAACUGAUUUAUGUUGUUACUUUUACCCGAUAGGUUUUCGGUUGAUACUUCAUUACUGUUAUGUGCACUCUGAUGACUUGUCAAAUUGAAAGGGAAGAAAAUCAAACCACAAUCCAUACACUCAUUUUUAUACCAUGAUGUCAUGUUCUAUGUCACAGUUUGCUAGCCUGCUUUCUCUUGUGUACAAGUUAUGACAUCAAAGAUGCCAAAGGGGAUAUGAAAUAAGCUACAACGAUAUUCCACAGAAUUUAACCUGGACCUUAUGUUGUAAUUAUUUAUAUAUUCAUAUUAGCUGUGGUCUUCUGUAUUUAUAUUUUCAGUAUUUAUUAUGAAUGACAUGGAGAUUCCUGUAUUUAUUGUGGCUUUCUGUUGCAGUGUGUGUAUGUAUGUAUGUAUGUAUGUAUGUGUGUAUAUAUAUAUACAUGUAUAUACAUAUAUACAUAUAUAUAUACAUAUAUAUUACAAAUAAGCAUUUUUAAGUCUGAUCUUUAAGUUUAUUAGUGGCACUUGUAUUGUGCUGUACUUUUUAUUAUAUAUUGUACAAUAGCUUGUCCAUUUGUUUGCAACAGAGUAAAACUGGUUUCUAAGUUGUAGCUGUUAUUGCGUUUUUAUUGUUGUUUGUGUAAGACCGAUGUUCUUGUGUCCGGAGCUUUGAUGUCUUCUGCCUUCCUUCACACUCUUAGGCCUUUUAGAAAACCUCCUUCAGGCACUGGGCAGAGAGCUCUGUUGGUAAAAUACACGUCCUCCAAGCAAAAGGAUCUGACUUUGGUCCCCAGAACCCACAAAAAAGAAGCAGGAGUGGUCCAUGCACGUGCAGUUCUCAACCCUGCCAAAGCAGAGACAAGCAGAGUUCUGGGGCUCACUGUCCGCCAAGCUAACAUUCCAGAGAUCAUCUCAUUUAAACAGUGCGUAAAUGUAAACAAGGGAAUGGUUCCUGAAGAACAACAAUGAAGGCUCGCUUCUGGCACACACACACACACACACACACACACACACACACACACACACACACACAUACACACACACGCCCAUGCACACGUACACACCUCCCUCCAGUGUCACAGACAGAGUUCUUAAAAAGCUGUAGGAGAAGGCAAUUUCUACAAAGUGGCUCAUUACAUUAUCAUUUCAAAGAUGUGUUAACUUUAUUAUAAUUGAUCCCAGAGUGUAGAUGCUUACAGCACUUUGCUUUCUCAGCUUCUCAACCCAUUCGUCAAGUAAUGAUGUGUAAACAGGAAGACCAAAGGGAACUCAUUGUAUAUUAAAUUUUGGAGGGUGUUUUUAGGAAAAACAAAACUACAGCAACAACAAAAAAGAACAGAACGCACUGUCUUGUAACUAAAGGGUGUCUUUUAAUUUCAUCGUGUAAUCCUUUUUAAUUUUUAUUUUUUAAAGUUGAAAUGGUGGUGAUAUGACGUUGAAAACAUGCGCACAGCAGGUUCUUAUAUAUGCCUAUCUGGUGAAAGCUGAUGGCUCACGAUAAAGCAAUCUUAGGGAAACAGAGCAAAGCAUGACCUCAUUGCCAAACUCCUGUCAAGUUCAGGGCAUUGCCUCCAGUCAGGUUUCUUAAUCUGAGAAUACCACAUCUAUAGUUUUGAGAGUUCACUGCUAUGAACUUGUUUGAUGGUACUCUAACUCCGGUUUGAUCAUGCUACUUAAAUAGCUUCCAUUCUUCCUGACAAUCAAAUGAAACUGAUCUUCUUUGGAAUGCCUUACAAGAUGUUCUGAAAUCUAGAUACUACUAAUUCUUCUCAACUGUUUUGUUCAUCAGACUGUCUGUUUGCCUCUCCUACAUCCUCAACCCCCAAAAUAGAGAGCUUCAAUAUCUCCUGUUACCCUGUAUCCAUGUUACCUCUUGUGUCCAACAUGUCACUUCCACACUCCCACAGACAGAAUAGUUCAAACCACCGUCUACUCAUUAAACAACAAACAAACAAGAAAGACCAGUCAAUCUUUGGGAAGAGCAUUUGUUUGUUUGUUUGGUUUGUUUUGUUUUUAAAUUCUGUGUAUGUGUCUUCUGUGUGAGGUAUAGGACUCUGUUAGGAGGGGAUCAUUUCAGAUCUGGCAUGUUGGCUCAGUGGCUAAACACUUGCCCCACAGUGUGAAGACCUGAAUGUGGUCCCCAGAAGGCAUAUAAAGCCAGAUUCAGUAGCAUCCAUCUGCAAUCCUACAUGAGAUGGGAGGCAAAGAUGAGAGAGUUCCCCUAGAAGCCUGCAGGCCAGCUACCUGAUGUAUUCAGCAGCAGAAGGAAAAAGACCCCAUCUGUCUCAAGCAAGAUGCAGGCAAGGGUAGACACCAAAGGUUUUCCUUUGAACACGUGAGCAAUACCAGGGUGGGGAGGCAAGGAUUUGAAACUGAAUUUUAGUGCAGUAUUUUUGUUAGAGAUCAAAAAGGAGGAAGUUCUGCCAGAAAAAAGGCAGAUGCCAGCUUUCAAUGUGAGCCUAACAAAUACCAGCCAGGUAAACAUGGUGUGUGUGUGUGUGUGUGUGUGUGUGUGUGUGUGUGUGUGUGUUAUGUAUUGGGAGGUGGGUGUGUUGGGGGGAAAAAUGCUCCUUGGAGUUCUCCCUUGGUACCCUAAAGUGGCCAGGCCUUUCUAGUCACAUCACAACUGGUCACUGAAUGUCACACUACUGAAAGAAAGGGACUCUGGCACUCCACUGUGGAAGACAAACCUGCAAGCAGCAGAAAGCUCAAGAGCUUGUGAACAGCAGCCGCUGAAGCUGGGACAGAGUCUUGCUUGUUGGGAAUCUUAAACUGCACCCCAGCCUUGUGUCUUGCCAUGUGUUCCCCAGAUCCUAAAUCUGAAAGAACAACUCCCCCCCCCCCCAGGAAUCUCCAUUUCUCUUUUUCUAAGGGACACUUAAAAGAUCAGGGUUCACAUAAACUACAGCCCUUGCUACUAUGGUUGUUCCUACAACCAUAACUGAUAUUCUUCCACAUCUUUCAUUGUUAAUUACCUCUCCUGUCUUCAGCACCCACUUCCCAAAGCCCUAACGAUGGCCUACAGGUGACAUAGCCCACACCCAGUGUGAACUGCUUUCCUGCUCCCAUGUAUAAGAGCAGGUCAAGUACCUCCACCCAAGUCGUAACUGCCCAUCUUAUCUAAAUUGCUUAGAUCCUUCUAUAAGCCACUUGGUCCUUGGGGAAAGUGUACCCUUUAAGAACUGGGCCCAUUAGUCUUGCAGAACUUGCUAAAUUGGAGAACACAUUUGCUUUUCAGUGAGUUCUGCUAAGGAAAUCGCUCUUGCUUCAUUUGGGGUUCUGCACAGAGUUCUUCAUAAGACACAUGUCUGCCCCUCAGUAUCUGUAGGGGAGCUCUUCCAGGAUCCCCAUGGAUUUAAAAGCAGUAUGAUGCUCAAGUGUCUUACAUGUAAUGAAGGAGUGGUAUUGCCUAAACCCAUGUGCAUGUUCCCAUGGGUCAUACAGCAUCCCCAGGUUACUUUUCAUACGCAAUACAAUGUAAAUAUGGUGCAAAUGGUAACACAAUAUUGCUUAAAAAACAAUGAACAGAACUCUAGAUUUGGAUCACAGAAAUCAUGUUUUCAAAGAGUUUUCUAUCCAUGCUUGGUUGAAUGCAUGAAUGGAAGGCAGGCUGCAUCACCUUACCGAGGUGCAUGUACUACAUUUGGAGCAUAAAUAGUACUUCAUUCUUGCAGAGAGUUGCUGCCAAAUUUGCAUCUCAACUGCACUGUCAAUAGGCCUGUCUACACACAUAAGUUCAAUAUCUUUGAAGCAUGUAGUAGAACUGCAGGUUCUCAGGACAAUACGUUCUGUUCACACAUCCUUUUCUGGGGGUUUGCUCUGUUCUGAUCUGAAGCUGUGUGGGCUCCCAUAUCAGAAGAUCAGCAUGGCUCUGAGUCCCCACAGGCAAGAAAGACAAAUUCAUUCUUAGCCUACUUUUCUAUUAUUUAAAAACAAAUCCCAAAUAUUUUUGAUCCUUCUAGGUUAUAAAAGUCCACUGUGAUCCAUGGCCACUGAGUUAUCUCAUUAGACUUCAGAACAGUAGCAUCCCAGGACCUCGGGAUCGACCUCUGUGCCUGAAAUCUGUACAGUUGGCAGCAGCUGGAGUUUUAUCCUCCCUGGUGAGAGUAGGUCGAACUCACAGGCCAGGCAGCAUCUCCACGUCUCCCUGACACCCAAUCCCUGAGCCUGCCAUGGCAACACUGGGGAAGCCUAGGAUCAGGGCCAGCUGCUGUCAGCUAGCCAAGAGGAUCAGCCCAUAUCAGUGCUAGCCAAAACAGAUGUGAUACGAGCCACAAGGAUGAACUACAUGCGCAUGUACAUUUUCUCAUAGACACAUUUAGAAAGGAAAUCAGUGUUGGCAACAUUUUAUCUAAACUAAUAUGUAUUUUGAAUGUGUGAUCGAUAUACAAUAACUAGGAAUGUUUCACACCCAUGUUACUAUUUGGGAAUCCAGCGUGUGUUUGAUACUUAGAUAUAUUUCAGCCUAGAGUCAUCACAUGUGGCUAGUAGAUGCUCUAUUGGAUGCCACAGGCCCAGGGAGUGGUUCAUCUACUACAGAGUGUGCUCCCUGGUAGUAGCUGACAGAUGAUGUAAAUGUAAUUACUCUGUAUGGUCACACCCCGCCAUGCCCAUCCACAAACUAGUGUAAAUGCACACAUAGGUGGUCAUCACAGAUGAUGUAGAGGUCAGAAAAGAACCUGAGUGAAAUGCCUCUUUGCUUCUAGCAAGUGAGACCCAGAAAUUGAAGUCAGGUUGUUGGGCUUGGUCACAAGUCCCUUUACCUGCUGAGCCAUCUAGCCAGCUGUGUCUUCCUUUGACUCUGUCAUAAGACAUGGUUUCACAGGCACAGUCUCGAAUUUAGUCUCCAUGAUGCUCUAGUAAUUUGUCAAGAGUGUUUUUUUUUUUUUCAAAAGAUACCUACCCAUAUCUUACUUUUCCCAUUGAUGUGACAAAGAUAAUUUGGCAAAAGAAAAUUAUGGGAAAGAAGGAUUUCCUUUAGAUUAAAAACAUGAUAUGAUCCAUCAUGGCAGGGAAGCAUGGUAGGAGUGUGAGAUGCCUGGUAGCAUUGUACCUGAAGCCAGGAAGCAAGGAAAAGUGAAUAGCAUUGCUUAGUUCCUCCCCCAUCUACUUUUAUUCAAACCUGGGACCUCAAACUGUGGGACCGUGCUGUAUGUUCAAGUUUAAGGUGGGUUUGUCUCCCGAAGUUAACCACAUCUAGGAACUUCCCCCACAGACAUGCCAAGAAGUUCGUUCUCAUGCUAAUUCCAGUUCCCAUAAGUUGGCAAGUAAGGCUGAGCACCACAUUGCUGCUGCAACUGGUACCACCUUGAUCUCAGGGGCUUUGUCAUGGUCCUCCCUCUAGCAUCUGCUAUACUUACCCAUAAAUUCCUCUCCCAUCACUACUACAUUGAAUACAACACACACUGGUUCCCAACCUUGGGGCUGGCAAUAUUAUACUAAGUACCAGCAAAAGACCUUUCCUAUUUUCUGUUCUCUGUGAAGCUGUCACCCUUCACGUUGGCUGGUCAGAGCAGUAUCCCUGGAUGUGGAACAUGCUGAGUAGAAAAUUUAAAGAGGCUCCCCUAAUCCUGUGUAUUUUGUGAAUGGUGGGAGAUAUGGUAUGAUCCUCCCACAUCACCAGAAUCCCAGAGAUUAUACUGGUAUGACGGUCCAAAAUAAAAGUCUUUAUCUCCUUUC